CGAGGUCGCGUGAGAGCGCGCGCGCUCGCGCAUAUACACGCGAGAAAACGAAACAGAGGCGGAGGAGAGCACAACAGGGACCUCGUUGUCGAUGUAAAUUUUUUAAGCGGCCAGCUCGCGUGCAUCCGUGCAUCGGCCAGUUUAAUUAGAAGCGAACGCCACUAUUAUUUCCACGCUCGUCGACGCAGGCCAACAGUAAACGUUCAAGCCGCGAACGUUUAAGUCCCUUCAAUGAUUUAUUUCCUUUUCCAAUUUGCGCGACAAUGCGACCAUGCGUGUACCGGUGUGCCACUCGCUUCGCUGUUUCAUUCGGUGUGCGCGUUUUCUGUACCCGAGCCUUUUGUGUGCCGAGAAAUUGUGGCCAUGGUAACAUCGUCGAAUUCAUCGUUGGAGAAAGACAGAAGGAAAAAAAGACACGAAGAGUAGAGAGAAAAGAAUCACGGAUACAAUGGGGAAAAAGAAACCACGCGUUCUACGCGAUUAAAGAAACGCCAAUGGUCUCUUUAGAAUGGUAUCCACGCUGGUGCAAGAUAUAUACUUUACUUACAAUGAAGGUGUAUAUUUUGAUUAAAAUGUGAAACGUAUAAAACUGUAAAAGGUAAGUUGACAAUUAAGACGUGGCUUUUGUCUUAAUUUAUAGACGUUAUUGAAAUUGUUAAAAAUGGAAUUUAUCGAGCUAAUUGUAUUAUACACGUGUCUGUAUUAAUGUGUUUAAGUCUUACUGAAAUAAUUAUGUCGGCGAAUCAUUGUCCUUUUCACUGAUGUAAAACGUCAAAUGAAAGAUUACCGGCCAUUUGUACGUGCCCUUUGGCCUGCGUCAAUAAUACCGAUUUCAACGCGGGGCAGCCGCUUGAUGGAUUUCAACGGGAACGUUUACGUCGACGAACAACGAAAUCGAUCGGAAGAAUCGCGGCAGGGCACAUUCGACGACAACGACAUCGAAAAAAUUCAGCAGCUGACAAACGAGAAGAAAAGGAAGCAAGGAACCGGCCCGAUAAGAUCGAACGAGUCGGUGAAAAACGGUGGCGAACGGGAUUUCCACCGAAAUCAGCAAUAUCGAAGGGGGAACCAGCAGAGAGAAAAUUACGCGGAAAUGUACGAACAUAGAAAAGAUUCGAGCUACCAGGGAAGCUGUUCCGAUAGAAACACGAGCAAUUUCACGGGUGAAAAUAUUUGGCAACACGGAAAUCCAAAUCUGUCUUAUGAUAAUUAUGGGAACGCCGUGAUUGAAUACGAUGCAAAUAGAGCUAAUGAUGCGUACAGGAACUGCAAAAGCGGAAUAAACAUCAGCGUUGUCUCGCGGCAGCCAACGUGUGAAAAUGUUGGAAUGGAAAAGCCGGUGUACAACGUUUCUUUUAAACACUGUUAUAACAACACCAAUCAAAGAUCGGAUCAGAAACGAAGAAGAUUCUUUUCCAGGAGCAAACCAAAAGCCGGUAAAAAGAGCAAACAAAUUGCUGGAAGCCCUCAGAACUACCGUUGCACCUUUGAGAACUGUUGCGGGAACUGCGAACCCUAUGCUGUGAAAAGACAGGACGUCGACUGUGGCUCGUGUAAAAAGUGGCAGAGCACCGAUUUCUCUUCUAAAAACGAGUGCUUUGACGAUUGUUGCUGCCCUCUCGAUGUGAAUUCUCAACAACCUUGCGUAGUUUACGAAGAGAACGAGCCAAAAUGCGAUUUCUUUCCCGACGAUUGUCGCACGUCCAGCAAACAGUGUCUGCAGCGCGUCCAUUUCGCAGGAGCUGAAAAUUGCGCCAGAACUGAUCAUUCUUCCUGUUCGUUCUGCUCGAGAAAAUGCACACCGUCCAAAGCGAGUUUAUUCGUGGAAAUCGGUGAAAGCGUAGCAAACGUGAGCAACCUGACUUCCGCUCAAGCGUUUCAAUGCGACGACUCGAUGAAAUUAUUGAAAGACGACGCUCCGAGGAAAGAAUACAGCACCGUAAAAAGGAACAAGUCCGACUUGUUGAGGUGUCGUAGUAAAUCGAAGAAGAGCGAGCCGAAGUGCAGUUCCAAUUGUAAAGGUCGGCCAGGUGCCGUGGAACGCACCUGUUCGGAUAGAAUCGCGAGCAUGAGCAUGUAUCUUGAUGACUACACGAUCGAACAGAUGCCCGAGGAACCGUUCAGCCCUGAGAUGAUAGGCAUCGUGCACUCAAACGUGAAUUUUCAGGAUCUACGUGAUUGCAAAGCGCAAACGGAAAGUGACAUAUACAUCAAGAGAAAGACAACUGGUUGUAGUCAGCAAUGUGAAACAGACGAACGUUCGUUAUUGGACGAUAUCCGAAAACAGGUACAGGAGACGUAUAAAUGUUUCGUCAAAAUGGUGACUACGAGUGUCGGCCAGAUUGUGAAACAAUCUUCGAAAUUGAAACGUUCGAAGAAGAGCACGAAGGAUCGUUCCACGUGUGGAACAUGCAUGAAAAAUUGCGAAGAAAAUACAUGCGCCAACCAAUGCAAUCAAUCGGAAAUGUACAACGAAUGCAUGUACGAAGGGACGUGUUGGCAAGGAAUAAUAGGACAGGAAUCAAACAACUGCGAUAUGCAUUGCUGUGGAAACGUCUGUUGCGACAGCCUCGCUGGAUUGCCUGAAUGUCAAACACCUAUGUGUCAAAAUGAUUAUUGGAAACCUAACUGCGACACACAAGAACAGAUUCAAUCAGAGAGGGAGUGCUAUUUUAACCUUAGCAGAAACGUUCACAGAAACGUAUAUUCUCCUAACGAAGCAGCCCCUAAAGAAAUACCAUGUCUCAAACACGGUAGCGUUCGCAAAAAGGGUGGUGGCGAUACUUCCAAUCAAAAGAAAAAACCGACGACUCCGAACAAGCGCGGUGAACCAUCGGGCGUAUAUAAUCGCGAAAAUGCCAGUACGAGGAAUCAAGUAACUAAGCAACAAAAUCAAGCGGCGAGUCAAUUUAUUCCUCAAGACCAACAAACGGAUAGAACUAACAUACAACUAGACGUGAGCGUUCAAGCGAAUUCCAUUCGCGCGGUACUCGAUCCUACGACUGCUCCUUACGUCACAGAAACUAUAGAGUAUCACAAGAGAAUAAGAACCGCGAACCGAUUAGAACCGUACGCAGAUGAAAGAAGGGCGCUUCCUCAAAGAAAAGAGUGUCCUAGGAUUCAAGAAAUAGAAUCCACAUUGCACUCUUCUUCUAAAGAAAACCUGAAAACACCGAAAAAAUCAGUUACUUCGUCAAAAAAGAAACCUUCGUCGAAUCCUGUGACAUCAAAACAGGCACCCACCUCUCUGAAUCUAAGACAACCAUUCACGCCUGGGAGACCAGAAAUCAAUGCUAGAACAGGAGUAUCGACUCCAAGAAAAGAUAUACAGAGAGAGAUGGUAAAGCAAGAAAGAAUGAGUUCAAGAUCCACGGUGAUCGGAAAAGGUGUCCAAUGUACGUUGAUCAGGGAAGUGCGUAUAAUAUGUUCAACUGUUCCGGAGGUGACUGGUCCGGUAGCAGAUCUUUGCUCGUGCAUCCCGAAGAAAGGAAUGGUACAUCCAGAUAAACCACCAUUCAAAAUUUCCCAAAUCGGAGAAGAAAGUCCUCCUGCAACUGAUGUACCUAUGGACGCACCUGAUGCAACUGUGGAUGUACCUGAUACAACUACGGACGUACCUGAUGCAACUCCGGACGUACCUGAUGCAACUGUGGACGUACCUGAUACAACUCCGGACGUACCUGAUGCAACUCCGGACGUACCUGAUGCAACUCCGGACGUACCUGAUGCAACUCCGGACGUACCUGAUGCAACUGCGGACGUACCUGAUGCAACUGUGAACACAUCUGAUGCAACUGUGAACGCACCUGAUGCAACUGUAGAACCAACUAGUGAAGAACCUGUGGAAGAAAAUGUACCUGUGGUUGAUUCAUCUGUAGAAACGCCAUUUGUAGACGAAGGUGAAACGACCGCAGAUCCAACCGAUGGUCCUACAGACACCGAAACAACACGUACAGAUACACCUGCGAUUGAAACAACCACAGCAGAAUCAUCCACAGAAGAAGCACCCGCGAGGAAAUUAAACUCUGAAGUUCCCAUACCAGAUGAAUCUACGAUAGAUGAAACUGCCAUGGACGUAGCAGAAAUUGCCACAGAUACGCCAAAGAAACCUGAAGAAGAAUUGAUUGUAGCGCCAAUAGUCGACGAGGUGACCGAUGUCGACAAUCGUGGAGCACCGAUCGAGUUCUCGAGAGAUUUUAACGGGAAGAAAAUGUACGUGAGCGUGCAGAUGCAAACGUCGAACACGAUUCUGACGCAGAUCUUGUCCGAGUUUCAAGUAGGCAACAAAAAGCGGCAAGUACUGAUGAGUAUUAAAUUGCACUCGAACCUGGAUGGAAAUGACGAGGAUGAACAACAAUCGUCAGGAUCGAACGAUAGCGAAGUGGCGGUCGCUGAAAGACAGUCUCCGAGGUGUGACAACUACGAUCAUCAGAGACGAAUAAGACGAGUUACCGUUACUCCAUCCGUGUACCGUCGAACGUUGACAACAAGGGGUACGUACGAUUCAUCGACGUACUCGUCCGUCAGCCACGCGACUUAUGAGAGGCCUGAAACAAAUUAUUCGCCAGAGAAUGAAAAUAGCACGACCAACGGGACGGAUCAUGUGUGCGGACCUUGUGGAAAGAAGAAGCGAUGAUUCAAUCAGUGUUAACGAAGCUUAUAGUCAAGAGAUACGCCGAACAUCUUCGUGAAGCUACCAGUACAAAUUCUCAUUUUGAACGAUGCUUGACCCCAAAAGGUGGUUACUUAGCCAAACUUUAAAAAAUGUAUUUAAAUUAAUAUCCUUACAAAUAACGUAACAUGUGUCAGAACAAAAAUGUCAUUUAAAGAUUACAGGAAAGAUAGAUAUCAGGUAUAAUCUAUCUCCUUCAAAGAUACAAGAAUAACAAAGAAACGAUUCUUACAAAGAAAAUUACUACAAAAUACAAUAAUAAUGGCUACGAAUACCAUUUAUAAGUCCAAACACAGUUCCACUAACAAUGAAGAUGGUUCGAUAAAGAGAUUAAAAGAACCUGGAAACGCAUCCUUGCUAAGGUCAGAAAUAGAAUACAGUCAAGGAUCGAAUUACAAGAUGAAGAGUGGAACUAAAGACGCUUCUACUGAAUUACGUAUCGAAACCGAUGACAUACAAAUAACCACGGAAAUAUAUUCCAUGACGGAUCUGCCGUCCUCGUUACAAGCCGACGAAGAAACGAAACCAGAACCUGGAACUAUCGUACCAGAGUAUUACGGGGACCAAUGUGCGAUACUUCGUGCGUACAGAUGCAAAGGCGUAAACGUAACAGAAUCGGAUUUUCCCGAAAGCUGUCAACAAAAAAUCUCCUCAGACCAAUCCCA